CUUAAAAAGAUAUUUCCGCUUCCUGCUGUUGUUUUAAACGUUCAGUUGAUCACAAGUUGAUCACAAGCAGGCAGCUGAAUUGACUGACCGCAGCAGCAGCUGAAUGAAGUCUCCUAUGAAUCCACCGCCGAGCGGAGGCGGGAACAUUAAGAGGCUCGUGCCAUGAAACUGUCCAUAUCUGACCAGACUUCAUGCAUGAGCGAGCGAGCGUCUAAACUGAGCGAGACCGGCAGCACAGCACCCGAGACUUCAGCAUGUCUGAGCGAGGAGGGCUUCAGCAGCGAGCGGGAGCUCCGUCUCCCCACUUGCAGCCUCUCAGGACGGUCACGAUUUCUUCGAGUCGCCCGGUUCAGAUGAACCUGUUCGCGACAUGGGAGAUUGACAGCUCCUCUCCCAGCUGUGUGCCCAGACUUCUCAGUCUAACUCUAAAAAAAUUAGUGAUUUUGAAGGAGCUGGACCGAGAUCUCACUUCAGUGGUCAUCGCAGUUAAACUUCAGGGCUCAAAACGCAUUUUGCGGUCAAAUGAAAUCAUGCUGUCUUCUGCAGGACUUACUGAGACUGAUCUACAGCUGACCUUCUCUCUUCAGUACCCACACUUUUUGAAGAGAGAUGCCAACAAGCUUCAGAUUAUGCUCCAGAGACGCAAGAGGUACAAGAAUCGCACUAUAUUGGGCUAUAAGACCCUCGCGCUAGGGAUGAUAAAUAUGGCUGAGGUAACUCAUCAUCAUACCAAACAUCACCAUACAUAGGGCUUGCACACGACGAUCAACCACAAGACGAUGAAGGACACACCAGUGCCCGUUGCCGAGAUCAGGGUCUAUUCUCUCUCCAGUCAACCCAUCGACCCAGAGGGACCAAAGGCCAAGCUGUCUGAUCGUUCACCAGACAUCGAUAAUUACUCUGAGGAGGAAGAAGAAAGCUAUUCGUCAGAGCAGGACGGCAGCGAUGACCCUCUGCAGGGGCAGUACCUCUAUGAUGACGAGGAUGAACUGAGGAAAAAGAAACCUCGCCGUAAACACCCCUCCACAGCCGCCAUCACCAGAGUUAACCAACCCAACAUCAAACAGAAGCUUAUGGCAUUGGUGAAAUGGUUCAAAGUGUCUGAUGAGGUGGGGUUUGGUUUGGAUCAUGUGUCCCAAGAGCAGAUCCGAGAUGUGGAAGAGGAUCUGGAUGAGCUCUAUGACAGUCUUGAGAUGUACAACCCCAGUGACAGCGGCCCAGACAUGGAAGAAACGGACAGUGUUAUCAGCACACCCAAACCCAAACUCCGGCCAUUUUUUGAAGGCAUGUCACAGUCCAGCUCUCAGACAGAGUUUGGUAGCUUGAAUAGCAGGUGCAGCCAUGGCAAAGACAAGCGAAGUCCUAGGGGCGAGCUGACUGUAUCUGGUAAAAUCCAGCGUUCCCCCAGUGCGCACAUAGACGAAGCUUUCUCAGAGAUGGACACAUUGGAACUCAAUGAAGUGGAAGUGAUCGCCGACGGGACCCCUAGCAUCACUUUAUCAGUGGCAGAGAGGCCCCGGACUCCACAGAGGAGCAAUAGCACUAACAUGCCAUCUCCCAGACUGGAUGGCAGUCAUACCCCCAAACAGAGGCGAGGGACCCCUAUGAAAGAGAGACAGCUGUCCAAACCCCUCAGUGAACGCACAAACAGCUCGGACAGUGAGAGAUCACCCGAGCUCACCCUCACCCCUCAGAUGCCUAGGAAGAUAGUGUACGACCAGCUCAACCAGAUCCUGCUGUCUGACAGCACCCUUCCUGACAGCCUUAUCCUGGUCAAUGGCAGCGACUGGCAAGGACAUUAUGUGGCUGAGCUGCUGCAGGCCCAGAAGCUGCCGGUGGUCUGCACCUGCUCCGGAUCAGAAAUCCAGGCCGUCCUUUCCGCCCUGCUCACACGCAUACAGAAAUUCUGCAACUGUAACUCAAUCAUGCCCAAACCGGUGAAGGUGGUGGCGGUUGGAGGUCAGAGCUACUUAGGAGCAGUCUUGAGAUUCUACGUCUCUCAGCUCGCCAACAAGAUGUCUGACUGGCUCAGUCACAUGAAGUUCCUUGUGGUGCCUACAGGCUCUCACCCUGUGGCCAAACACCUGGGUUCUCUGGACAAUCGCUACAGUUCUUCCUUCCUGGACAGCUCAUGGCGAGAGUUUUUCAGCUGCCCAGAGCCGCCUCAGACUGCUUCCUCUGCUGACUUUGUGGAUGUGGCUGGGCGAAUUCUACAGUAUAUCAACGGAUCUACGGUCACUCAUCAGUUUCCCAUUAACCAUCCCAUUAUUACCUACAAACACAAUAAUAAAUUAAAAAUAUUUCUAUCAUCCCAUCUUUCCAUAUAUUUUUGAUUAUAUUUUUUAUUUUACUCUUCUAGGCAAGAUGAUGAUUCCUACCAAAAUUUUGUUCCAUUUGUGGGUUUGGUUAAGGUGGGAUUGGUAGAACCCAGCCCAGGAUCUUCAGGUGGAGAUUGUGAGGAAGGCUUGCCUUUGAGUUUGGCAGUUCCAUCAACGUCCCCACCUGCUCACGGAUCUCCCACUGGGAUGAUGAAAGAAUCUGCAACGCCUCCUCCAUCCCCAUCACUAAGUGGACUGGCUGCACUAGGUAGCCCCAGCAUGUCUCAUGGCAUGGAUGCCAUUGGGCUGCAGGUGGAUUACUGGGUGUCUUCAGGGGCUGAGAAGCGCAAAGAUGGAGAGCGGAGAGACACAGGCAAUAAGAACACUUUGAAGUGUGCAUUCAGAUCCCUGCAGGUUAGCAGACUGCCCGGCUCCUUUGAGCUCCAGACUGGCUCUAACACCAUGUCCAUGACUGUGGUGACCAAGGAGAAAAACAAGAAAGUCCCGAACCUCUUCCUGGGGAAGAAGCCAAAAGAGAGAGACACUGAGUCAAAGCUGUCUGCCAAGAAUCAACAAACCAGUCUAAGAGUGUCUGUAGAUGGAAUGGAGUGGAAUGAUGUGAAGUUCUUCCAGCUGGCGUCUCAGUGGCCCACUCAUGUGAAGUACUUCCCUGUGGGGCUAUUCGGCUACAACAAACCAUCCUCCUAGUGACCUCUGGAGGGAAAAA